GGGGCGGUGCCAGCCAGGCGGAGCGACGGCCGCAGCCUGCCCCGGGACGCCGGAGCUCGAGUUGCGGCGGAGGGGCGGCGGCCGCCCCAAUCGGCUCUCCCGAUGCGUGUGUGAGACGGCGGCUGCGGGAGGAGGAGGAGGAGGAGGAGGAGAAGAAGGAGGAAAGGGAGCCUCCCGCCCCGGCCCCGCUCGCCCUCCGCUCCGGCCGCUCGUUGUGCGUGAGACACAGACACACACAGCCCGCGCCCAUCCCUCCUCCCGCCCCUUCCCUCGCCCCGCAGCCCCAGGAGGCCGAAGCGGGCGCGGUGCUGCCACCGCGUCUCGGGGCUCCCUCGGCCCGGCCCGGCCGCCGCCGCCGGAGGAGCAGGAGCAGGAGAAGGAGGAGGAGGACGAAGCGGGCGGCCCAGCCAUGAGCGGCGGGGAGGUGGUCUGCUCGGGCUGGCUCCGAAAGUCCCCACCGGAGAAGAAGUUGAAGCGCUACGCAUGGAAGAGGAGAUGGUUUGUGCUUCGGAGUGGCCGUUUAACAGGAGAUCCAGAUGUACUGGAAUACUACAAAAAUGACCAUGCCAAGAAGCCUAUCCGUAUUAUUGACUUAAACUUGUGUCAGCAAGUGGAUGCUGGAUUAACAUUCAACAAGAAAGAGUUUGAAAACAGCUACAUUUUUGACAUCAACACUAUAGACAGAGUUUUCUAUUUGGUGGCAGACAGCGAGGAGGAGAUGAAUAAGUGGGUUCGAUGCAUCUGUGAUAUCUGUGGGUUCAACCCUACAGAUGAGGAUGCUGUGAAGCCCCCAGUCAGUUCUUUACAAGCAUCUGCUGAGUUACCCUUGCCCAUCAACACUUCACCGCCUUCCAUGCAAGCAGAAUCUUCCCUACCUCCUCCUUAUCAGCUUAUUAACAUCCCCCCACUGGAGUCUUCCUCUAGUCAAGAAGAUCCUCAGGACUAUCUACUGCUAAUUAACUGCCAGAGUAAAAAGCCCGAACCAAUGAGCCAAGGGUCACCCUUUAUCUCUGAAGAAGGGCAGGAAUACCUUCUCUUAGAAGACUUUGAAAGUAAAAAGGUUCCACUGCAAUCUCACGCUGACUCUGCAAAAUCCAGCUCUUCUGAAACAGACUGCAAUGAUAACGUGCCCUCCCACAAAAACCCUGCUCCAUCCAUGAGCAAGCAAGCUGUGAAUGGCUUUUUUCAGCAGCAAGGUGUCUAUGACUCUCCGCCUUCUCGUACUGGACUACCGUUGGCAGACUCCAGCCUUUAUAACCUGCCCAGAAGUUACUCCCAAGAUGUUUUACCAAAGGCAGCAUCUCCAACGGGGACUGAUGCAGAAGGCGAGCAGCAUGUUUUCAGUACGCCAUCAGCGGCGUCGUCGUUAGAUGCACAGAUGAGGCACAUCUCCAUUAGUUACGACAUUCCCCCUACACCCGGAGGUACUUACCAGAUUCCACGAACUUUUCCAGAAGGAACAUUGUCUCAGACUACAAAGUUGGAUACUAUUCCAGAUAUUCCUCCACCUCGGCCACCAAAACCUCACCACGCUGCAGAUCGAUCUCCUGUGGAAACAUGUAGCAUUACUCGCACAGCUUCAGAUACUGAUAGUAGCUAUUGUAUCCCUACAGCAGGAAUACCACCCUCACGCAGUAACACCAUUUCAACUGUAGAUUUGAAUAUCUUUCGUAAAGAAAUUAGUUCUCAAGACUGUUAUGAUAUUCCACGAACGUUUCCGAAUGACAGAUCUAAUUCAUUGGAGGGCUUCCAUAACCACUUUAAAAACAGAAGCAUGUUGACAGUGGGAAGUGUUUCAAGUGAAGAACUAGAUGAAAAUUAUGUCCCAAUGAAUCCCAACUCUCCUCCACGACAGCAUUCCAGCAGCUUCACUGAACCCAUCCAGGAAACAAAUUAUGUUCCAAUGACACCAGGCACGUUUGAUUUUCCGUUAUUUGGAAAGCAAGUCCCUCCUCCCUCUCACAUGGGUUUCAGGUCCAGUCCAAAGACCCCUCCCAGACGGUCAGUGCCUACUGAAAAAUGUGAACCACCGCCAGUGGAUCGGAACCUCAAACCAGACCGAAAAGGUCAAAGUCCUAAAAUUUUAAGACCUAAACCACAUGGUUUAGAGCGAACUGAUUCACAAACCAUAGGUGACUUUACUACAAGAAGAAAGGCAAAACCAGCUCCACUAGAAAUAAAACCUUUGCCUGAAUGGGAAGAAUUACAAGCCCCAGUUAGGUCUCCUAUCACCAGAAGCUUUGCACGAGAAGAAGAGUCCUUCUAUUGUACUGUUCCUAUAACACCUGUUAAGAGGGAGGGAUCAGGCUGGGAGAGGACAGAGGAGAAUUUGUUCGGUAGCAACAGUCUUGAUGGAGGAAGCAGCCCCAUGGUAAAACCUAAAGGAGAUAAGCAAGUAGAAUAUCUAGAUCUGGACCUAGAUUCAGGAAAAUCUACCCCGCCUCGUAAGAAGAAGAGCAGCGGUUCAGGCAGCAGUGUGGCAGAUGAAAGAGUUGAUUAUGUUGUAGUUGACCAGCAGAAAACGCUUGCACUGAAGAGCACGCGAGAGGCAUGGACUGAUGGGCGACAGUCUACAGAAUCAGAAACACCCACAAAAAGUGUGAAGUGAAAACACUGCUUAUUCUUCAAAGAACGGAAAGGAAUGAAUUUUGAAGAUUUAAAGAACCAUAAUGGCCCUGUUGCUUGACUGUACGGUAUUCACUGGUGUGUGAAUAGGUUUUUGACCGAGUAGGACGGAAGCCAAAGGACGCUUCAUAAGCAUCAGAGGAGUUUAAGAUCAUAAAUUGGCUAUGUGGUCUCUGGAAAAUUUGCAACCUGUAAAUAACGUGUAAAAUAGUACCACUUUGCUUUCAGAAAACCUCUCGUUCUGUAGUUAACACGUUUGUAGUAUUACCAUGUUUAUGCACUUUUUCAGUUACAAUGUUGGUUCAGGUAUUCCCAGUUAGUGUACCUUAAUGCCUAAUUCAUUUGCAGAAUUUUUUUCCUUACACUACUAUUCUUUACAAUUCUAGGUUAAUUAAGCUACGUGUAGAUAUGGAAAUGAAUAUUUGAACUUCAUUUUAACAACUUAAAAUCAAUUUUUUGCAGAAAUGCUUUCACAAUAGAAUAAUCUACUUGAAGUGUCAAGAGGUAACCGUUAGUUACGUACUUGUUUAUAUUUAAUACAUGCAAAAGAUUAUUUGGAAGUCUGCAGGUUACCUUCCUAACAAAAAUUGCUGUGAUUUAAUAAUAAUGACCUAUACUGGGUUUAGACCUACAAUACUGGCUUAUAUGUUAGUUGUUAGCGGUGGAACUUCUAUUGUAUUUUAUUAAUGACAGUGUUCUGUGUUUGAUAGGUGAAGAUUCUGCAGGGUGGGAUCUCACACUUUUUAAGACUGAGUAAUUAAAUAUCAAGUAAGCCUGCAAACCACUGAUGGCAUGCAGUAAUAUUGUGAUCUCACACUUAUUAACAAGAAAUAACCUUUAUAUUAUUUACAGAAGGUAGAGUAUAUAAAUCAGGUACGUACCAAGCACUAUUGUGCUAACACACUGAUCAGGUUUAGACAGUGAGCUUUAGUUUUGUACUGUUUAGAAGUUCUAAUGUCAGUUUUCAGUUCAAGAUUAACGGGACAGUUUGACAUUCACUGUUUAUAGUACUAGCAAAAUACUGUGAUUUUGAAUUAGACAUUAAUUCAAAUGGAAAUACUAUGUUUCGACACCGUAGUGCCCUUCUUACGAUCUGUAUUUUACUUUAAUCUCCUGCUUGGCCUUAUAUUUAAAUCCCUAUGCAACUGAUAUUUUAUAUCUCUGUUUUAAAAAUUAGAUCAUGUACUUAAAUGAUCCCCUCGUAAACCACUCGUUCCUCUUUCCUGGUACAGGAUUUUAAGCUCUGUAUACUGUGAUCCCUUAUUUUACUAUGACAGUUCCAAAUAAUAAUCUGCCUUGAUUUAGAAACAAUUUUUUUGAUAUAUGGAAGAAAAUAGAGCUCUUUAAAUACGUGAACAGGAUAGAUUUAGAUAGAAAACUUACUAACGCUUUUAUUUUUUCCUACAACUGCCCUUGAGUAAGCUAUCGGUUUUGUUUCACCCCCAUCCCCCCCAUUGUUUUAUUUUGUCCAGGUCACUUAAAAUUUGAGUAUGCAGCUGUUUUGUUUUCUGACAUGUUGGCCUUAGUACUGUGCCUAAUCCACCGUUCGUUGGUUCUCUCCCCUCGCAACCACAAUCUACCAUACGUAAAUUAUGUUAUUUUUAACGAAGGUUCUUUUAAAAUUAGUAAUAUUUUGAUGCUUUGAAUGUUCAUUAAAAAAAAAAAAAAAGCUAAAAAAUGGAUUUUGAGGUGAAUUUUAAAUAAAUCAAGUUGUUCAGUUUCGA